UUGCUUCAUGUUUCAGGCUUUUAGGUAGCAGGAGAUGAUGUUGGAGUGGAGCUUUCAAGCUGCAAUAUGCCCAUCUCUGCUGCUCCCAGCCUCCCAAAGCCUGUCAGUGGCUGCUGCUUUUCAGUCAGGGUUGGAUUCCCUGUCUUCCCUGGCAACAGGCCCAUCAUCUCUUGGUCACAGACCAUUUUGUUUUUGUCACAGUCUGAUGGUGUGUCUGGGCUCCCCAGGGUGCCCUGUCCAGCCCAUGACCACCCACCAGCCCAGCCCACCUACCCCCCAGUCAGACGACUCUGAAUUAUGGAUAAGUCUGGAUCGCUUCUUAUAAAAUAUGAAUUUUCCAAAGGAGACCCUUAAAAAACAAAAACCUCUAACCUCCAUAACCUUGAUAGGUGAUCCACAUGUGACCAAAAAGCUUGCUACUGGGGCAGAAACAUCUGGAAACUUAGUAGUUUGUAUCCAUGUUCAUGUGUCUGCUGUCAUGUUCCUAGGCAGUUAACGGUCACUGGGGUAAUUUUUAAUUUAAGUCUACACUAGGAUUUAUAUUGUUUCCCAUAGUGUUUUCAGAGGAUCCAACCUGGAGAGCAGCGUGUGAGAGACAACGGGGAGGAGAGGGGGAUGUGUGUAACGCGCCCUCUCUUUCCCUCCUCUUCACACGCGCUGGUGACGGGAGAGGUAGACGGAGUGUUUAUCAUAAGCAGCCCGUGAGAUUCAGCAACGGUCGGUUGUAGUUUCUAAAUGGAAGAUCCAUGUUUUCGUCCCAUUGGAUCGCAGUUCAUCUGAGCCGUGACAGAGACAGACGGUAAAAAGACGUUACAGAGAGGAGGGACGCACAUCGACAGCCUCGAGUGCGAGGAAGCUUUUUACUCCGGCUAUCACUUUGGCCAGCCUGAGAACCACUUCAUUGAGACAUGGGGUGUAGGCUUCCUAAGUUGCGGAAGGCAGAAGAGAGGCGAAGCCCGGGCAAUAUCUACUCUACCCUUCGAAGGCCUCAGGUGGAGACUAAAGUGGGUGUGGCUUACACCUACCACUUCCUGGAUUUCCUGUUGGGGAAAGAAGAGGUGCCAGUGUCAUCGGUGCUUUGUCUCUCCUCGGUCAGAGAGCUACCAGUUCAGGUCAGGGAACUCUACGCUCAGGGCUUUGUCCUGGUCGCCGUCCACCCAUUUGUCCAUCCCUGCGGCCCUCGUCACGCGCAUAUUCAACGCCAGCUCCACAGGGCUGUGCUGGUCCGAGAGACGCCCAGUUCAGAGAAGAGCCAACUGAGGUGGGGAAGACAUCGUCUAGAGACAGAUGUGUGUGUGGCAGGUCACCAGGUGGCUGACCCAGAAGUGAUCCAGAGCUAUGUCAAGAGGAUCCAGGAUGUAGCAGAGCAAGGGGUGAUGUUUGUGGGCUUUCUCCAGCAGCCAGGCGGAGGACCCUGUUUCUUGGGGCACUGGGAUCCUGAGGAGCUGUCCUCUUUACAUUCAAGCCCUUCACCCAUUCAUCGACACCCGUUUAGUGCCAACACCAGCCCAACAGAUCCUACAGAACCACAUCAUAAUGACAUAGAAUCUGACCAUAACCACUCUGAACCUCAAGAGUUAGAUCAUGAAAGCGCAGAACAUAACACACAGGACCACAAGCCUUUGGUGCCAAGAGAACCAGACUUCAGUCCUCUGAAACCCAUCCAGAGUACAGAGCUUAACCAACAAGAGUCCAGUGAGCAAAUCCAGACCUUACAGAUCAGCCUCAAAGAGUCACUAGAAUCUACAAACCAACCUCAAGAUCACAGCAAACCCAGGAGAGAUACAGUUCUUGGGUGUCCACAUCAAAGCCCAGCAGAAGCCCAAGGGAACCAGCUGUGUCCCAGCCCUCCAGAAGCUGCAGGUAUAAUCAGACAGCAGAGGGACCAACUACCAGACCUCAAAGAAUCCACAGAGAAACAUUUUAACCUUUCCAACCAGAGAGAUAGACAAAGUUCAAGCUCCGACAGCUGGCUCAGCUCUCCAGAACUGGAUCGAAACCAUGAAAGAAAGUCCAACUCUACCUGUACAGACGGGGAAAGCAGGGUGACGACACACAACAACAACAACCAUAUCCGGCUCAAGAGUUCAGAGAAAGAUGAGAAUUCAACUUCACCACCAGCGCAGGCUAGGAUGCAGCUCUUUGCCUUAUACAAUCACACAGGGGAUCUGAACACUUCUCUGAGGUUCUACUCACUCAGGGUGCCACUGCAAGUACAAAAGGAAGCAGGGCUAGUCACAGAAGUUGACACACACUGGCUUGACCACAUGACACAGCAUUUCACCAGUGGCGCGCAUCUCAUUGACGGGUUCUUCCAUAUUGGAGAUGAUAACGACAAUGGGGUUUCAUCCGUGGAUAGUGUGUUCAUCUUCCAGAGCUCCGCAGAGGAAACCACAAACACUUCCUACGACGCCAUCGUGGUUGAGCAAUGGACCGUUGUUGAUGGUGUUGUGGUGAAGACAGACUACAUCCCCUUGCUCCAGUCUCUGGCUCAGUAUGGAUGGAAGCUGAUGUGUGUGUUACCCACACCAAUUGUCAAGACCAACAGUGACGGGAGUCUGUCGACCAAGCAGAUCCUCUUCCUUCAGAGACCCAUUUUGCAACGCAAGAGAAAAGACUUCAAGAUGCUGAACCUCAGGGGUCGUAGCAAGGCAAAGAAAAAAUCUACUGGAGAUAUGCAAGAUGAGAGCGAGAACAGGUCCCCUGUGAUGGAGACAGAGAUGGACAGGUUACGAAAAAACACAGAAGAGGCAGAGGGGAGGAAGAGCAGGGACAGGGGAAAGAGCGAAGGAGUGAGCCUUCAGGAAGGCCGUGAGGAGAGUGAAGAGGAUGCACGGCAUCAAAAGGACGUCUCAUUCCUAUCGGGGAGCAAGGCUUCUGUUGAAGAGCAGGAAGAGGAAACCGACAUUGAUGAGAUCCCACUGUCCAAGCAGGAGAAGUUGGUGAGAUGGACAGAUGUGUGUCAGAGAGAUGAUGGAGGGGUCAAGGAGGAGGUGAAGACAGAAGAGAGGAUCAAACAGCAGCUGUUUUCCGGUGUCUGUUGACACAUUGGGCACAAAGCAGGCAUGUGGGAGCUGAGACCUUUUUAGCACUUGGAGGAAAAAAAAAAAAAAAGCCUUUUAAAUAACAUUUUGUUGAUCUGGAUUUUUAGUUCCUCUGCGGACGAACCAGAUGUAGCCAGUCAUACUGUUACUAGUCAUCAUGUUUUGCUUCAGUCUGCUGUUUACGGCGUAAACACUGAGUUUUUGAGGUUGUAGCUCCCAUAAAUGGGAAAGUAUUGUGCAGUUCUCUGCUUUGGGUCAGUGUUGCUAUUUGAUGUAUCCUUAUAUGAAAUUAAACCGUACCAGGCUAUGGAGUACAACCUCCA